GUUCUCUGUAUGCACCACCUAUGCUGACUGACAGGUCAGGACAAAAUGGAGGCCCCCAGUUACAGGAUAAAAAGGUAUGCAUUCUACAUUUAAAUACAUUUGUCAUACCUCACAAAUAAAUAUUUAGUAAAUAUAUUGAUAAGUAGAUAUAAUAUUACUGAUCCUGUGAAGUGACAGUUCCAGUUUAAAAGGUGUUCUAAUUUUCUACUGUGAAAACCUUAAACUGGCAUUCUUUAAUACCAAAUCUCAUUUUCAUCAGCAGAGCUUGCAUGGACAAAUUGUCGGUAUGUGUCCGUGACUUGGAUUCGGAAAACCAUACAUAGAACAGCCUGUGACACCUUUUAACACUUGCUUACCCAGAUGAUGUCUCUGUGACCACCCCCGGGUUAGCCCCCCCAUAUUGAGAAUUUUAACAAAAGAUUAUUCCAUUUGUUAGAUCUUUGUUAGAUCAGGUUUGAUCAACAAUUUUUUUCGUUAGAUCUACUCUAAAAUAUGCGAUAUUAACAAUCAUUGUCAGGGGGGGCUAACCCGUAGCCAGCCCCCCCUCAACAAAAAUUUGGAGAAAAUGUUGUUGAUUAUGAUAGCUCUACGUUAGAUCAGGUUUGAUCAGGCAAAAUUUUUGUUUGAUCUAGUCUAAUUACUGAGAUAUUGCAUAUAUAAUUAGGGGGGGCUGGCCCCCCCUCAACUGAAAUUUGGACAAAAUGUUACUGAUUUUGGUAGCUAUUCGUUAGAUCAGGUUUGAUCAACUAUUUUUUUCGUUAGAUCUAUCACGCAAGAGGCGGUAUUCACUACCUAACUUUGUGGGCGUGACUGCAGGUUAGCCCCCCCUCAAGUGAAAUUUGAUUUUUUUUUUAUUGAUUUUGGUAGAUAUUCGUUAGAUCAGGUUUGAUCAACUGGUUUUUUCGUUAGAUCUAUCACGCAAGAGGCGGUAUUCACUACUUAACUUUGUGGGCGUGACUAUGGGUUUGCCCCCCCUCAAGUGAAAUUUGAAUAUUUUUUGAUUGAUUUGGGUAGAUAUUCGUUAGGUCAGGCUUGAUCAACUGUUUUUUUCGUUAGAUCUAUCACGCAAGAGGCGGUAUUCACUACCUAACUUUGUGGGCGUGACUACGGGUUAGCCCCCCCUCAAGUGAAAUUUGAAUUUUUUUUUAUUGAUUUUGGUAGAUAUUCGUUAGAUCAGGUUUGAUCAACUGUUUUUUUCGUUAGAUCUAUCAUGCAAGAGGCAGUAUUCACUACUUAACUUUGUGGGCGUGACUACGGGUUAGCCCCCCCUCAAGUGAAAUUUGAAUUUUUUUUUAUUGAUUUUGGUAGAUAUUCAUUAGGUCAGGUUUGAUCAACUGUUUUUUUCGUUAGAUCUAUCACGCAAGAGGCGGUAUUCACUACCUAACUUUGUGGGCGUGACUACAGGUUAGCCCCCUCUCAAGUGAAAUUUGAAUAUUUUUUCAUUGAUUUUGGUAGAUAUUCGUUAGAUCAGGUUUGAUCAACUGUUUUUUUCGUUAGAUCUAUCACGCAAGAGGCGGUAUUCACUACUUAACUUUGUGGGCGUGACUAUGGGUUUGCCCCCCCUCAAGUGAAAUUUGAAUAUUUUUUUUGAUUGAUUUGGGUAGAUAUUCGUUAGGUCAGGCUUGAUCAACUGUUUUUUUCGUUAGAUCUAUCAUGCAAGAGGCAGUAUUCACUACUUAACUUUGUGGGCGUGACUACGGGUUAGCCCCCCCUCAAGUGAAAUUUGAAUUUUUUUUUAUUGAUUUUGGUAGAUAUUCAUUAGGUCAGGUUUGAUCAACUGUUUUUUUCGUUAGAUCUAUCACGCAAGAGGCGGUAUUCACUACCUAACUUUGUGGGCGUGACUACAGGUUAGCCCCCUCUCAAGUGAAAUUUAAAUAUUUUUUCAUUGAUUUUGGUAGAUAUUCGUUAGAUCAGGUUUGAUCAACUGUUUUUUUCGUUAGAUCUAUCACGCAAGAGGCGGUAUUCACUACUUAACUUUGUGGGCGUGACUAUGGGUUUGCCCCCCCUCAGGUGAAAUUUGAAUUUUUUUUUAUUGGUUUUGGUAGAUAUUCGUUAGAUCAGGUUUGAUCAACUGUUUUUUUCGAUAGAUCUAUCACACAAGAGGCGGUAUUUACUACUUAACUUUGUGGGCGUGACUACGGGUUAGCCCCCCCUCAAGUGAAAUUUGAAUAUUUUUUCAUUGAUUUUGGUAGCUAUUCGUUAGAUCAGGUUUGAUCAACUAUUUUUUUCGUUAGAUCUAUCACGCAAGAGGCGGUAUUCACUACCUAACUUUGUGGGCGUGACUACGGGUUAGCCCCCCCUCAAGUGAAAUUUGAAUUUUUUUUUAUUGAUUUUGGUAGAUAUUCGUUAGAUCAGGUUUGAUCAACUGUUUUUUUCGUUAGAUCUAUCACGCAAGAGGCGGUAUUCACUACUUAACUUUGUGGGCGUGACUACGGGUUAGCCCCCCCUCAAGUGAAAUUUGAAUUUUUUUUUAUUGAUUUUGGUAGAUAUUCGUUAGAUCAGGUUUGAUCAACUGUUUUUUUCGUUAGAUCUAUCACGCAAGAGGCGGUAUUCACUACCUAACUUUGUGGGCGUGACUACGGGUUAGCCCCCCUCAAGUGAAAUUUGAAUAUUUUUUCAUUGAUUUUGGUAGAUAUUCGUUAGAUCAGGUUUGAUCAACUGUUUUUUUCGUUAGAUCUAUCACGCAAGAGGCGGUAUUCACUACUUAACUUUGUGGGCGUGACUAUGGGUUUGCCCCCCCUCAAGUGAAAUUUGAAUUUUUUUUUAUUGAUUUUGGUAGAUAUUCGUUAGAUCAGGUUUGAUCAACUGUUUUUUUCGAUAGAUCUAUCACGCAAGAGGCGGUAUUUACUACUUAACUUUGUGGGCGUGACUACGGGUUAGCCCCCCCUCAAGUGAAAUUUGAAUUUUUUUUCAUUGAUUUUGGUAGCUAUUUGUUAGAUUAAGUAAGAUCAACUGUUUUUUUCCGUAAGAUCUAUCACGCAAAAGGCGGUAUUCACAAUCUUAUUUUAAUUUUGCACAUAAAUACCAGUAAAUUUUCAUAUCAAGCCACAGGUGACAUCAUAAUUUAGGAAUUUGCUUGGAUUUGCUAACACAAUGUGUAGAUCAUUUUCAAUAUUUUUUUUUUAUUCUCUACAUGCACAGUAUUGAGGUGAUAAAGUCCAGCAUAUGCCCAGCCUGAACUUAUUAGUGAUAUUUGAAUACAGUUGCAAGAAAAAGUAUGUGAGCCCUUUGGAAUGAUAUGGAUUUCUGCACAAAUUGGUCAUAAAAUGUGAUCUGAUCAUCAUCUAAGUCACAACAAUAGACAAUCAGUCUGCUUAAACUAAUAACACACAAAGAAUGAAAUGUUGCCAUGUUUUUAUUGAACACACCAUGUAAACAUCCACAGUGCAGGUGGAAAAAGUAUGUGAACCCCUAGACUAAUGACAUCUCCAAGAGCUAAUUGGAGUGAGAUGUCAGCCAACUGGAGUCCAAUCAAUGAGAUGAGAUUGGAGGUGUUGGUUACAGCUGCCCAGGUCAGGAGUAAUUCUUGACCAUUCCUCUUUACAGAACUGUUUCAGUUCAGCAAUAUUCUUGGGAUGUCUGGUGUGAAUCGCUUUCUUGAGGUCAUGCCACAGCAUCUCAAUCGGGUUGAGGUCAGGACUCUGACUGGGCCACUUCAGAAGGUGUAUUUUCUUCUGUUUAAGCCAUUCUGUUGUUGAUUUACUUCUAUGCUUUGGGUCAUUGUCCUGUUGCAACAUCCAUCUUCUGUUGAGCUUCAGCUGGUAGACAGAUGGCCUUAAGUUCUCCAGCAAAAUGUCUUUGGAAUUUGGGAAUUCAUUUUUCCUUCGAUGAUAGCAAUCCGUCCAGGCCCUGACGCAGCAAAGUAGCCCCAAACCAUGAUGCCCCCACCACCAUACUUCACAGUUGGGAAGAGGUUUUGAUGUUGGUGUGCUGUGCCUCUUUUUCGCCACAUAUAGUGUUGUGUGUUUCUUCCAAACAACUCAACUUUGGUUUCAUCUGUCCACAGAAUAUUUUGCCAGUACUGCUGUGGAACAUCCAGGUGCUCUUGUGCAAACUGUAAACGUGCAGCAAUGUUUUGUUUGGACUGCAGUGGCUUCCUCUGUGGUAUCCUCCCAUGAAAUCCAUUCUUGUUUAGUGUUUUACGUAUUGUAGAUUCGCUAACAGGGAUGUUAGCAUUUGCCAGUGACUUUUGUAAGUCUUUAGCUGACACUCUAGGAUUCUUCUUCACCUCAUUGAGCAGUCUGCGCUGUGCUCUUGCAGUCAUCUUUACAGGACGGCCACUCCUAGGGAGAGUAGCAGCAGUGCUGAACUUUCUCCAUUUAUAGACAAUUUGUCUUACCGCGGACUGAUGAACAGCAAGGCUUUUGGAGAUACUUUUAUAACCCUUUCCAGCUUAAUGCAAGUCAACAGUUCUUAAUCGUAGUUCUUCUGAGAGCUCUUUUGUGCGAAGCAUCAUUCACAUCAGGCUAUGCUUCUUGUGAAAAGCAAACCCAGAACUGGUGUGUGUUUUUUAUAGGUCAGGGCAGCUGUAACCAACACCUCCAAUCUCAUCUCAUUGAUUGGACUCCAGUUGGCUGACAUCUCACUCCAAUUAGCUCUUGGAGAUGUCAUUAGUCUAGGGGUUCACAUACUUUUUCCACCUGCACUGUGGAUGUUUACAUGGUGUGUUCAAUAAAAACAUGGCAACAUUUCAUUCUUUGUGUUUUAUUAGUUUAAGCAGACUGAUUGUCUAUUGUUGUGACUUAGAUGAUGAUCAGAUCACAUUUUAUGACCAAUUUGUGCAGAAAUCCAUAUCAUUCCAAAGGGCUCACAUACUUUUUCUUGCAACUGUAUUCAAAUAUCACUAAUAAGUUCAGGCUGGGCAUAUGCUGGACUUUAUCACCUCAAUACUGUGCAUGUAGAGAAUAAAAAAAAAUAUUGAAAAUGAUCUACACAUUGUGUUAGCAAAUCCAAGCAAAUUCCUAAAUUAUGAUGUCACCUGUGGCUUGAUAUGAAAAUUUACUGGUAUUUAUGUGCAAAAUUAAAAUAAGAUUGUGAAUACCGCCUUUUGCGUGAUAGAUCUUACGGAAAAAAACAGUUGAUCUUACUUAAUCUAACAAAUAGCUACCAAAAUCAAUGAAAAAAAAUUCAAAUUUCACUUGAGGGGGGGCUAACCCGUAGUCACGCCCACAAAGUUAAGUAGUAAAUACCGCCUCUUGCGUGAUAGAUCUAUCGAAAAAAACAGUUGAUCAAACCUGAUCUAACGAAUAUCUACCAAAAUCAAUAAAAAAAAAUUCAAAUUUCACUUGAGGGGGGGCAAACCCAUAGUCACGCCCACAAAGUUAAGUAGUGAAUACCGCCUCUUGCGUGAUAGAUCUAACGAAAAAAACAGUUGAUCAAACCUGAUCUAACGAAUAUCUACCAAAAUCAAUGAAAAAAUAUUCAAAUUUCACUUGAGAGGGGGCUAACCCGUAGUCACGCCCACAAAGUUAGGUAGUGAAUACCGCCUCUUGCGUGAUAGAUCUAACGAAAAAAACAGUUGAUCAAACCUGAUCUAAUGAAUAUCUACCAAAAUCAAUAAAAAAAAAUUCAAAUUUCACUUGAGGGGGGGCUAACCCGUAGUCACGCCCACAAAGUUAAGUAGUGAAUACUGCCUCUUGCGUGAUAGAUCUAACGAAAAAAACAGUUGAUCAAACCUGAUCUAAUGAAUAUCUACCAAAAUCAAUAAAAAAAAAUUCAAAUUUCACUUGAGGGGGGGCUAACCCGUAGUCACACCCACAAAGUUAGGUAGUGAAUACCGCCUCUUGCGUGAUAGAUCUAACGAAAAAAAUAGUUGAUCAAACCUGAUCUAACGAAUAGCUACCAAAAUCAAUGAAAAAAUAUUCAAAUUUCACUUGAGGGGGGGCUAACCCGUAGUCACGCCCACAAAGUUAAGUAGUAAUACCGCCUCUUGCGUGAUAGAUCUAACGAAAAAAACAGUUGAUCAAACCUGAUCUAAUGAAUAUCUACCAAAAUCAAUAAAAAAAAAUUCAAAUUUCACUUGAGGGGGGGCUAACCCGUAGUCACGCCCACAAAGUUAAGUAGUGAAUACCGCCUCUUGCGUGAUAGAUCUAACGAAAAAAACAGUUGAUCAAACCUGAUCUAAUGAAUAUCUACCAAAAUCAAUAAAAAAAAAUUCAAAUUUCACUUGAGGGGGGGCUAACCCGUAGUCACGCCCACAAAGUUAGGUAGUGAAUACCGCCUCUUGCGUGAUAGAUCUAACGAAAAAAAUAGUUGAUCAAACCUGAUCUAACGAAUAGCUACCAAAAUCAAUGAAAAAAUAUUCAAAUUUCACUUGAGGGGGGGCUAACCCGUAGUCACGCCCACAAAGUUAAGUAGUGAAUACCGCCUCUUGCGUGAUAGAUCUAACGAAAAAAACAGUUGAUCAAACCUGAUCUAACGAAUAUCUACCAAAAUCAAUGAAAAAAUAUUCAAAUUUCACUUGAGAGGGGGCUAACCCGUAGUCACGCCCACAAAGUUAGGUAGUGAAUACCGCCUCUUGCGUGAUAGAUCUAACGAAAAAAACAGUUGAUCAAACCUGACCUAAUGAAUAUCUACCAAAAUCAAUAAAAAAAAAAAUUCAAAUUUCACUUGAGGGGGGGCUAACCCGUAGUCACGCCCACAAAGUUAGGUAGUGAAUACCGCCUCUUGCGUGAUAGAUCUAACGAAAAAAACAGUUGAUCAAGCCUGACCUAACGAAUAUCUACCCAAAUCAAUCAAAAAAAUAUUCAAAUUUCACUUGAGGGGGGGCAAACCCAUAGUCACGCCCACAAAGUUAAGUAGUGAAUACCGCCUCUUGCGUGAUAGAUCUAACGAAAAAAACAGUUGAUCAAACCUGAUCUAACGAAUAUCUACCAAAAUCAAUAAAAAAAAAUUCAAAUUUCACUUGAGGGGGGACUAACCUGCAGUCACGCCCACAAAGUUAGGUAGUGAAUACCGCCUCUUGCGUGAUAGAUCUAACGAAAAAAAUAGUUGAUCAAACCUGAUCUAACGAAUAGCUACCAAAAUCAGUAACAUUUUGUCCAAAUUUCAGUUGAGGGGGGGCCAGCCCCCCCUAAUUAUAUAUGCAAUAUCUCAGUAAUUAGACUAGAUCAAACAAAAAUUUUGCCUGAUCAAACCUGAUCUAACGUAGAGCUAUCAUAAUCAACAACAUUUUCUCCAAAUUUUUGUUGAGGGGGGGCUGGCUACGGGUUAGCCCCCCCCUGACAAUGAUUGUUAAUAUCGCAUAUUUUAGAGUAGAUCUAACGAAAAAAAUUGUUGAUCAAACCUGAUCUAACAAAGAUCUAACAAAUGGAAUAAUCUUUUGUUAAAAUUCUCAAUAUGGGGGGGCUAACCCGGGGGUGGUGUCUCUGUGGCUCAGUCUGGCUGAAAUCUCCACUUCCAGAAUGGUUUUAAAUAAGGCUGCAAUGUCCCGUUACAGGAGGUGGUCAGACAUGACACCAGAAACACAAAUUCAAUUUUUUUAUUUAGGCCCAGAUAACUUGGAGCUCCAGGCCCUUGAAGCCCUUAAUCCAGCACUGGGAAUAGCAAUUCUCUAUGAACAGUGCAUCCUUCAGUCUGAGGGAGUGGUAUGCUUUACAGUAAAAUGAGUGGGGCAGGACAUGUUAGUAACCAGGAACUGUCAGUUUCAUGGAACUCAACCCUGCUUCAGUAGAAUAAAUUAUGUUUUUGUUCCAGGACAUGCGACAGGAUUCAAUAUUCUUAUUAGUUGUAUUAAUUUGAAUAUCUUAAACGCCUGCACUCGUGUUAUAAAUAAAACCAUAUACUGUGUUGUGAGGAACUUUAAAAAGGAAGAUAUAUAUAUUAAAGAAGAAACAAAAAAUAUUUUUCUGAUUUUAUUAUCACCUUCUUUUUCCCCAUUCUUAAGGGGGAAUCAUUACUUCUCUCUGAUAAUGAUAUACUGAGGAAGUGUUUUGCUCUACACAAACUUAAUCGGAAAGGAGUCACCAAUGAUGAUUUCCCCACUUUUAUUAAACUUUAACAGCGCCAGCAUUUCCACCUGUCAGCUGUUGGGGUGACUACCCAACAGACAGAUACUCCAAGUCUUUAUCCAGAGUUCGUACAGCCUGCCUUCGGCCAUCAGCCCUAGCAGGCUGCGACUCCCCAAAUCCUUUCCGUGCAUCACAUGCGUUGGCCAGGAACUCCGCCACCGCGAUGCCGGCCCUGCCUCUCCUUUCCCGGCAUCGUGCCCCCCGCAGCCAGUGCCUUUUCUAUACCCGACUGCAGACCCGCAUUAAAAAUGUCCAAUCCUAUUUGGUUCAGGUGCACACCGUCAGCCCUCAUCAAAUUGCUAUUGUCCCCCUCCAGCUCGACAUGCCGGACCGCCACACCACCAAGCCGCUGCACAAACCGAGAGAUCGUCAUGUUGAGCUUGCGCCUGCUCCGCUCCAGACCCUUGGCAUGCGGCAAGGCAUGCCAGCCAGGAUGGGGAACAAUCUCUGACCAAAUAAGAAUACAGUCUGUGAAUAGAGCUAAACACCGGGCCAAGUCCUGUCUGCCAGAGUGCAUAAGAUCCACCGUUCUAACCCUCCCUAAAUCAUUACCCCCCGCAUGAAUCAAAAUUGUAACAGGACCAGACACAAACCUGCUAAGGGCCACACACUCCGGAUAGACUUGCCUCCAGGACAGAGCCCGAACACCCCUCCAGCAUACCCUCGCUACGUCCGAGGAGAUCCCUAGGUUCCGACCGUAGGAGCGAGACUGAGCCCGACGAGCUGCCCAAUAAAUAAACGAAUGCCCCAAGAUCCAAACAUAACGGGAAACACAACCUGGAACAAAUCAUAACAGAUGCGGUCGGACAUACAGUUGAUAUCUCCUAGAAGACCAUCUGCCUAAGUGCUGCACCACUGAACCCGCCAAACCCAUACAGCUAGCCUGAGUUGCGGCCCCGAUUCUGAAAGAAUGAGGCGAGAAACCGGAUGGAUCUAGACCGCAGUCCACCAAGGCUCUCCCCAACAUCGACGCAAACUGAAAACGCGUAAGCGGGGACCCUUCCGCAUGCACCAACAGCGAGGACGACGCCGGCCGGCUCGCCAUAUACUGCUGGAAGAGCCGGACGGGACAAUACUCACCCCCCGAGCUCCCCACCCUGAGCCACGCACCAACACCAGCUUGAUCUGUCUUGGAUCUGCGAAUAUGCAGGUCCACAAACCCAUCUGCCCAACGUACAUCUGAUAUCAAGAGAGGAGAAACCGACUGGCGAUUGGGGGCGACAAGCUCUCCCACCCGCAACGCACCGAAGAAACAAAGCGCAAAACUGACCUGAAACAGCAGACACUCAGAGACUGAGCCACAGACCCCCGGCAACGCCCCCAGCAACUGCCACAACAGGUCCACUGAAAUCGGCCGCCGCCGGUCUGGACGCCUCCGACUCCUCCAACCGCGCAGAACCCGUUGCAGGCAAAACUCCUUUGUUAAGUCCCGCCAGCCUAAAAAACAAAGCAAAAACAACAGAGCCGACAGAGCUCUCUCAGCCAAGGCGCAUGAUUGACCUUGCUCCAGGAGCCUAUUCAUGUAGCGCAACGUUAAUGAGAACCGCCUGACUCCAAUGACAUUUGAUCAGACCAAUCCACACAAGACAACCAACCUGUCCAUACAGACCUGUACGCCUUCCACGUAGCAGCUGACAAUGAUUCCGAUACCACGGACAUCAGCCCUCCGAAACCAGGUCCCAUAAGUAUGCCGGGCAGUGAAGCCUCUCCUGAUCUGCUCCCGACGCCGACUCCCGAAAACGGUCCCACUGAAACCGAGAGAGAGAGUCAGCCACCACAUUCAAAACUCCGGAACGUGCCGAGCCUGCAACCACACAUUAAACUGCAAGCUAAGCAGCACUAGGUGACACAAGAGGGCCAAUACUGGAGGAGACGCAGACGACGAUCGGUUAAUCACACGGACCACGCUCAUGUUAUCCGUGUGAAAAACCACCAACCGGUUCCGCAAUUCGUCCCCCCACAGUGCUAGCGCCACCACUAUGGGGAACAGCUCCAAGAACGUGAGGUUCUGCAUCACCUCCAGCUCCCACCAUGCCGACGGCCAAGCAGCCGCACACCACUUGCCCUGAAAGAAGGCCCCAAACCCUACCGACCCCGAUGCAUCCGUAUAAAGGUCAAGUUCGGCAUUGGGAUCCGCUUCCUGCAACCAGCAUGAUCGGCCGUUAUACUUGCCCAGGAAGGCACUCCACACCUGCAGGUCGGCCCGCAGCUUGGCAGUCACCCUAAUGAAAUGGUGAGCCUCCCUGACACCAACCGUCGCCAAGGACAAGCGCCUACAAAAAGCCCGACCCAUGGGCAAAACUCUGCAAGCAAAUGCUAGAUGACCCAGCAGAACUUGCAUCGUGUGCAACUGGACCUUCCGAGACGAUUUGACCAAGUCAAUCUGCUGCAGCAGCACCAUAAGCUUUUCAUCCGGUAAACGAAAAAACCAUGUCAACGGUGUCGAUCUCGAUGCCCAAAAACGACAGCCUUGUGGCUGGCCCCUCCGUCUUAUGCUCCGCAACUGGCACACCAAACCACGCAGACACUGUGCGGAAGGCAGACAACAACCGAGCACAUCCAUAACCCUCCCGAGGACUCACAAACAGGAAGUGCGUAACUGGAUCCAAACCCGAGUACUGAACCAUGGACCAUUCCAAAAACUAGGAAAACAUUUCAAAAUAAGAACACGAUAUAGAACAACCCAUGGGAAGGCACAUGUCGUAGAAGUACGACCCCUGGAAUCGACAACCCAGAAGGUGAUAACAUUCCAGAUGAACCGGCAAUAACCGAAAGGCCGAUUUGAUGUCCGAUUUAGCCAGGAGUGCCCCCAACCCCGCUUCCCUAACCAAUGACAUGGCCCUGUCAAAAGAGGAAUAACGCACCCUGCUAAACUCCUUAUCGAUAUCAUCAUUCACCGACCUCCCGGCCGGGUAGGACAGGUGAUGAAUCAACCGAAAGGAGCCAAGCUCCUUCUUUGGUACCAGCCCCAAGGGCGAUACCCGCAAGUUGGGAAAUGGGGGGAAAGAAAACGGCCCCGCCAUGCGCCCCAAUGACAACUCCUUCCUCAAUUUAAUGCCCAAAACUUCCUCCUUACCCUGGACUGCCCGAAGAUUUUCUGCCAACUGCGGCUCCGCCGAGAAGACAAAGGGGAUCCAGAAUCCGACUGAAAACCCUUCCUCCAACACCGCAGCGUCACUGGGGUCCUCCCCUUUGGAACCAGCCUCUCGGGACCCUGCCUUAGGGAUGGACUGCUUCGCCUUCUUAAAGCAUCGCAUGGCGGGGUGAGCCCCCCCCCCCGCAAUGCGAGCAGAAAGAAAUAGAAUUUGGGAUGGAACAGCGCUACAGUGCUGAUCACAGAGGUGGAUGGAGCUGCACACCUGAGGGGUAUUCACCAAAACCUUCAAUAAAUCUGGGAUCAGGAAACAACAAAAAUACAGGAUGCGCUAGGUAGAAUAAAUGAGAGAUAAAUGGUACAAAUAGGAGAUAAUAUUUACAAAGAAAAAGUCUCUGAAAAUACAAGGUGGGUCUUGGGUAGGUCUACUUAGAUCCUUGAUAAGGUCCUCAGUGGUUGAUAUGAAAAGCAAAAUUAAACAAAGAAAGACCAAUAGUGCAAAACUGUAUGGGGAUGGUGUCACGGACAACACAGAAAAGAGAAAUGACAACUCACGAUUGAUAGAGCUAUGCCCAGCUCUAGGUAAAACAGCAUACAGUGGUAUUUGGAACUCCCCACAUGUAGGAUAUUGUUGGACAAUAGGUAAUUCUUCAAUACUUUGUACAACGACUCAAAUAUGUGUCAGCAUAUAAAAAACAUAAAAGAAAAAACGGACCAAUGGUACAAUAGCAUAUGACACCUGCAGCUACAGACAAACACGGAAGUCCUGAGAGUGCCAACUUACAGUGAAAAGAGCUAUAAUCAGCUCUAACUAAAACAGCAUACAGUGGUAUUUAAACUCCCCACAUGUAGGAUAUCCUUCUGGUGAUGUAUGGAGUGCAGGAUUUAUGAAAGACAAAAGCACAGAAGAGAGCCCAUGGUGUUCUCAGUAGAUAAAAUGGUGCUAAAAAGUAAAAUGAAACGUACUUACAAUGUAUAGAGCAGCCACACUGCUCUAUAAACCAGGCGUGAGUGGAAUAAUCCCCACCUGAGGAUUUCUUUGUAGUACUGGAUCUUUUAAAAUAGUAAAAACCAGCCAGGAUAAAAGUAGCAAAAAAAUAAAAGUAGAAGGACUGACCAUAGGGAUAUAGGUGGUCUAAAAAUAAUUUUAUUAUAAUAAGGUCAUAAAAAACACAAUGCGUUUCGCCCAAAAUAGGCUUUUUCAAGUGUAAACAGAUACUCCUGGCUUGUUACAUUUUAUAGGCAGCAGAAAAGGCUUGAAUUUGAAAAUUGGCGCCAAAAUGACGUCAUUAGCAUGUGACCGCGAUCACAUGACCUAUACAUACAUAUAAGAUAAACAUAAAUGUUACAUAGUGAUCGUUUUACAUAAAAGAAUACAUGGGAUGAUUUCAGACCCAUGUAUAACUCAUAUAGGAGGUUAAAAAUUGACCUUUGUUUGAUACAAAAAGGAAGUGAUGUAGGGGAAUGCAGAGGUGAAAGGUUGCGAAAUCCCAGCCGUGGGUGGGGUCAGAUGUGAACAGGAGGCAGUGUGGGAAGAGGCCAAGGUGCAUUAUGGGGAGUGGGGUCCAAAUGAAGGGUGUGAUCUGAAAAGGGAGCAGACCUUGCGGCCGAGAUAAUGUGAACGUGGCGGCCAUCUUAGUUAUGGGCAAAGUGUGGGAAAGUGUAUUAGAUAGAAUAGAAAUUACAUUAUAGCAAAGUGAAUGUUUAUAUUAGAUAAUAGCAUUUUUAAAACAAAGGUAAAUGUUGAAUAAACUAAUAAAUUAUAGUUUGUAUACAAAUGUCUGAACUUGAUGUUUAAAUAAAGUGUAAUAAAAAACGGUUAUACAUUUUAAAUUUAAAAGGCUAUUCAAUGAUUAUUAAAAUAUAUAUCCUAGUGUUAUAGGACAUUGUAGAUGGAAAGAGGUAGUAGAGAAGUCAAGUUUAUAAAUCGCUUUAUAAAUCGCUGGUAAGACCACACCUUGAAUAUGCUGUGCAAUUUUGGGCGCCUGUUCUAAAGAAGGAUAUCAUGGCACUGGAGAGGGUCCAGAGACGAGCUACAAAAUUGAUAAAAGGAAUGGAGCAUUUUAGUUAUGAAGAAGGUUAAAAAAAUUAAAUCUGUUUAGUUUGGAAAAACGGCGCCUGAGAGGGGAUAUGAUAACUUUAUACAAAUAUAUUCGGGGCCAGUACAAACCUUUAUCUGGAAAUCUAUUCAUAUACAGGGUUAUACAUAGGACACAAGGUCACACAUUUAGGCUGGAAGAAAUGAGAUUUCAUCUAAGGCAAAGAAAAGGUUUUUUUACAGUAAGAACAAUAAGGAUAUGGAAUUCUCUGCCUGAAGAGGUGGCUUUGUCAGAGUCCAUACAGAUGUUUAAACUGAAAUUGGAUAAAUACUUACAAAAACAUAACAUACAGGGAUAUAAUUUCUAAUUAGUGGGGUAAUAGCUGCUUGAUCCAAGGGGACAUCUGACUGCUAUUUUGGGGUCAAGAAUGAAUUUUUUCCUAGUUUGUGGCAAAAUUGGAAGUGCUUCAGACCAGGUUUUUUGCCUUCUUUUGGAUCAACAGCAACAACAUUUGUGAGGAAGGCUGAACUUGAUGGACGCAAGUCUCUUUUCAGCUAUGUAACUAUGUAACUAUGUAAGUGUUUAUAAUUAACAUAAAUUAAAAAGUUAUAAAAGUUGUUGAUAUUGAUUAAGAAAAUAAAAAUUUAUAAGAAAUUAAAAAGGUCAAAAUCUGCAUUUAAACCGUCAGGGGUAAGUGUUUUAAGAUUAAAAACCCAUUCCAUUUCGGAUUUACAUAAAAUAUUUUUAAUAUCCCCACCUCUCCAUGGGAUUGUACAUAUUUGGAUAGGGGUGAAUUUAAGGACACUUUAAGGACACUCCGCCGGCGCAUCCAUAAGGCGGCACAAGUGGCCGCCUUAGGGCGCACUGGCCCGGCGGGCGCAAAGCCGGAGUGACCGGCAGGAGGUGAGCGCAGAGCGCUCCCUCCUGCCAGGCACUCUGUGUAGCGUGGCCGAGCGCGCCGCGGUACAGGAACUUAUGUUUCCUGUACCCGGGUGGACGGAAAUGAAGUGCUCACAGAGAGAGCACUUCCUGUCCGCCGGGUACAGGAAACUGAGCUCCGCGGUGCUCUCGGCCACGCUACAAGGUAGGAGCUCAAGGAGGGGAGGGGGGGAAUGAAAACUAAGGGAGGGAUGAAGGGGGGAGGUGAGAGAAAACUGAGGGAGGUAUGGGGGAGAACCUGAGGGAGGCAUGGGGGGGCUGAGAGAAAACUGAGGGAGGUAAGGAAGAAGUAACCCGAGGGGAGGUAAUAAGGGGGGGUUGAGAGAAAACUGAGGGGAAGAGAAGGAAUCUGAGGGAGGUAUGGGGGGAGAAGGAAUGAGGGAGGUAUGGGGGGUUGAGGGAAAACUGAGGGAGGUGGCGGGGGGGAGAAGGGAAACGAGGGAGGUAUGGGGGGAAACUGGAGGGAGGUAUGGGGGGGAAACUGAGGAGGUGCUGGGGGGGAAACUGAGGGAGGUAUGGGGGGAGAAGGAAACUGAGGGAGGUAUGGGGGAACUGAGGGAGGUAUAGGGGAACUGAGGAGGCAUAGGGGGGAACUUGAGGGAGGUAUGGGGGGAGAGAAAACUGAGGAGGGGAGAGAAAACUGAGGGAGGCAGGAGAGAAAACUGAGGGAGGUAUGGAGGGGGGAACUGAGGGAGAGAUGCGGGGAGAAAACUGAGGGAGGUAUGGAGGGGGGAAACUGAGGGAGAGAUGGGGGAGAAACUGAGUGUGGGAUGGGAGAAAAAAAAAUGAGGGAGGGAUGGGGGGAAAGAAAACAGUGGGGGUGGGGAGACGACUUACACACAGCACCCCUGCCCUACACACAUCACCCCACACAAAGACACACACACACAUCACCCCACACAAAGACACACACACCACCCCACACACAAACACAUACACUGUACCCCUCAAUGCACUGUGUGUACACUCAGCAGUCUGUGUGUGUGUACACUCAGCAGUCUGUGUGUGUGUACACUAAGCAGUCUGUGUGUGUGUACACUCAGCAGUCUGUGUGUGUGUACACUCAGCAGUCUGUGUGUGUGUACAUUCAGCAGUCUGUGUGUGUGUACACUCAGCAGUCUGUGUGUACUCAGCAGUCUGGGUGUACACUCAGCAGUGUGUGUGUGUGCGUAUUUAGCAGUCUGUGUGUGUGUGUGUGUGUGUGUGUUUAUUUAGCAGUCUGUGUGUGUGUGUUUAUUUAGCAGUCUGUGUGUGUAUUCAGCAGACUAUGUACUCAGCAGUCUGUGUGUGUAUUCAGCAGUCUGCUAAAUACAGACAGACUGCUAAGUACACAGACAGACUGCUAAAUACACACAGACUGCUAAAUACACACAGACAGACUGCUAAAUACAUAUACAGACAGACUGCCGAGCACACACACAAACUGCUUAAUACACACACAGAGAUGUUAAUUAGUUCAGACAACUGUAUGAGUUGUUUUUUCUAAACUUAAACCUCAGUAUUCAGGUUUAAUUGCCGUUUUGGCACUUUGAGGGGAAAAAAAUUGGCAUGUAUUACAGUUUGGGCACUCGGGCUCAAAAAGGUUCGCCAUCACUGUCCUAGUCUUUAGAUUUCUGGAUGUCAUACCCACAUACUGGAGGCCAAAGGGGCACUCCAGUAGGUAUAUGACAUUUUUUGUACAGCAUGUGAUAAAAUGUUCUAUAUUGUAACUUUUGUUUGUAAUAUUAGAUUUAAAUUUGGUGAUUUUAUUUGGGACUGACUUUUGAGUGGUUUUGCAGACAAUGCACUUUCUGCAUUUGAAAAAAACCUUUGACAUUGGAUAAAGUGGAUGAUUUGUUUAGCUUGGUUUUAGUGAAGUUUUUGGUUAAAAGUGUUUUAAAAUUGGGAGCACCACGAAAGAUAAUUUGGGGUUUUUCGGGAAUCAUUUUAUUAAGAACAGGGCCUUCUAAUAAAAUGUGACAAUGGUUUUUGAUGGUUCUUCUACAGAGACUGUUUUUGUUGUUAUAGUCAAAGAUAAUGGGCAAGAAUGAAGUAGUUUUUUGAGUUUCUUUAUUUUUAUUUUUAUAUUUCAAGAGGCUGCUUCUGUCAUUGGAUUUCAUUUUAGUGAUAAUAGUGUUAAGUUUGUCCUCUGGGUAGUGUUUCUCUAAAAAAUUGUUUUUUUAAAUGUUAUUCUGUUCAUUAAAAUCGUCAUUGAGUAUGCAGUUUCUUUUGAGUCUUAUGAAUUGGCUUUUAGGAGCACUUUCAAGCCAGGGUGCGUGGUGGCAACUUUUUUGUUCAAUGACUGUGUUAGUGCACACCUUUUUAAAAAAAGUUUUUGUGUUUAGUUGUCCGUCUUUAAUAAAAAUAUUUAGAUCUAAAAAAUUAAUUUCUUCCUUACUAGACUCUGUAGUUAAAACUAUAUCUCUGUCAUUUUGAUUUAGGUGUUUUAAAAACAGUUGUAAAGAGCUGUUUGUGCCAUUCCAGAAAAAAAACAUGUCAUCAAUGUAGCGGAAAUAGGAAACCAAGUUUGCCCUCCAUUCAUGGUCACCCCAAACUGCAUCAGCUUCCCAGUCUGCCAUGAAUAAGUUAGCGUAACUGGGGGCAAACCUGGUUCCCAUUGCCGUGCCCCUUUUCUGGAUAUAAAAGGAGUAUAAAAACCAAAAAAAAGUUGUUAUUUAAGAUGAUCUUUUUUCUGCUUUUAGUAUUUUAGUAACUGCUUCGCAGCCUUUUUCAUGGGGGAUGAUAGUGUAAAGGGAUGUUACGUCGCAAGUCACCAAAAUAUAGUCUUUUUGCCAUACGAAGUCUUUAAAAAAGAGAAGGAGGGACAUGGUAUCUUUCAAAUAGGAUUUCAUAUUUUUUACAGAGGGUUGAAGUAAAAUGUCAAUGUAUUCAGACAAGCUGGAUAAGAUGGAGUUUAUACCUGAAACAAUAGGGCGGCCUGGGGGGUUAGUCUCGUUUUUGUGAAUUUUAGGGAGAAAGUAAAUGACUGGAAUUUUAGGAUAUGCUUUAUAUAAAUAGUUAAAUUCUUGUUUGUUGAGAAUAUUGGAGUUGCUACCUUCCACUAAACAGUGGUAUAAGGUGGCUUGGAUCUUAGAACUGGGGUCUGUGAGUAACUUCUCAUAUACUUCGUUAUCAUUUAAUUGCUUGAGAGACUCAUUUAUAUACAUAUCUUUAGAAAGAAUGACAAGGCCACCUCCCUUGUCUGCUGGUUUUAUGACAAUAUCUGUGUUUGAUUGUAAUUCUUUUAGGGCCUUUUUUUUCUGGAUGAUUUAAAUUUGAUUUGUCUGAUUUUUUUCUCUUGAUAUUGUUGAAAUCUUUUAAAACAAGUUUUUCAAAUACUUCUAAAGGUCCUGAUUUAAAAUUGGAUGGAUAAAAUUUGGAUUGGGGCUUGAGGUUAGUAUUUAUUAUAGUCGAAGUAUUUGUUGUAGUUGAGAUAGUGGUUGGGGUGGACUGUGUGGGAGUAUUUGAGGGAGGUAUAGUAUCUUUCCCCAUAAAAAAUCUUUUUAGAAAAAAUCUUUUUAGAAAAUCUUUCUUACAAAUUUAUUUACGUCCAGAAAGGCUUGAAAUGGUUUAAAGGACGUGGUAGGUGCAAACUUAAGACCCUUGCUGAGUACUGCUCAUUGCGUAGAUGUGAGAGAUAUUUGAGAUAGAUAAAAAAUUCCCCUUUCUUUUUCAGUUUUUUGGUUUUCUAUUCUACUAGUUUUUCUCUUUUGCUCUCUUCUUCCACAUCUCCUUCCUCUAAGGUAUAGCUUCUUUUUCUGGCUCGUGAUGGUAGGAAUGAUAGUGGAUGUGAUUGUGGAUUGGAUCUUAUCUCUAAAAAAUUGUCCUCCAUAUCAAUUUCUGAAUCUACUGAUAAAAGUUGGUAUUUGUGAUUGGAGAUUUUGAUUGGUCUGUGAAGCCAUAGUUUUUGUGUGUAAAUCGUGUUCUUUGUGGUCUUGGAGAAAAAUCUUUAUAGGUUUUGUUUGUAUCAUUUUUGUAGGAGGUAUGAUUGCUAUAGUCCGAGCGAUUCGUGCUUAAACCUACAGGAGGAGUACCACCUGCGGUGGCUCUCAUUGAAGAGCCAGCACACUCCUCUUUUCUGCCCUGCCAGUGCACAGGAGGAAGCUCCUGCGCUGGCUGCCCCUGGAAAGGACGCCGGACGACUAGGCGUCAUGAGUAACAGCCACAGGCUGCCAUCCUGCGUGCUGAAGUCCAGUCCAGGACACGCCGCCAUCUUCUGACGGAACUGCUGGUCAUAGCGGAACCAGCUCUGCCCACCAUACACCUUAUCCGCACCCCAAAUCAGAUCCAAGUACCCGAACAACGCCGGCGCCCUAUCCGGAAACCGACAGGUCAGAAUACUCGUGAAAACCGCGAAGCCCUGUAACCAAUUCCCAAACGUACGUGGGAUUUGCUUACCCUUCUCAGGAUUUUGUGGUUCGCCUCGGCGCGGCCGAUCCACAGAAUCCCUGUCCUGGGAAACCAGGGUCAGAAAGUCCACAAAUUCCCCUUUUAGAAUCUUGCAUGCCCAAGGGGGAUAGUUCACAACCAGGUAGAGAGGGAUGAAAGACCCCCUUCCCCAUGCCUGGGCCCUAUCGGCCAGAGCCUCCUCCGGCACCCUGCGUGCAUCCCUUGACUGGCUAUGUGCAGACCCUGGUAAGCUAUCUACCACUGCCCUGAGCAAGCGCAACAAUUACCCUUCCGCAGCCUGCUCCUGCCCUAGGAUACCUGGCGCGCCCUGCCCCCCAGUUAGGCUACCCCAAGCGCUAGCGCAAGCCAACUCACCACUUACUUGAGCUGCCACUGUAGCUCACUCUGGUUGGUAACCUCUGGGCAUCGUCCUCCGGUCCAACUCUUCCUCAUCUUCCUCCUGAGAUCCGGAAUCCGAGCCCUCCUGCAGCCUGUCUGCCCUCUGGCUGCUGUAUCUCCCACCUGUUGGACUCCUGGCCAACAGUCCCCGGGUCUCAGGCUCCCUGUGCUGCAGGGCACCUGCCCCCAGCCUUCUCCCAGGCUGGACAGCCCUCCGAUCCCGAAGGUGGGCUGCGAGAGCGCUUUUCCCAUGCUCCACCAUCUUGGGCCUGCCUUGCCGCAGCUCCUCUCACCCGCGCCUGCCUCCUGGAAGUCCGGGAUCCGCCAUCGCCUCGCCAUGUCCAGAAGCCGCCUGCUGUCCGCUGUUCCCGGCCUCCACCAUCCCUCCUCUAUGCACCGGACUGGGGGAAAGGCGGGAAGGAGGCCUAGAACGCCUCGGCCUCCUCCCGCGGGCCAGAGAAGGGGUCUCCGCCACCAGCUGCUCAGCAUCCAUCUGGGCCUGGGGAAGGUCAACCAUCAGGUCCACCAGGGAACCGGACCCAUGGGACGCCAGGUAGGCCUGCAGCACCCCCAGCAAAGCCUCCCUUGACAAAUCCACCAUCUUGCAGGGAAGGCCUGGCUUAGAACAGCAAAUAAGUAUAAAUUCUCUUUUUUUUUUUAAAACAGCAGAAGGCAAAGGCUAAAGGGCUCUGAAACUGAAACUGUUCCAGACCGCUCCUUCUGCUCAGCUUUUCCCUUUUUGUUUAAAAAAUAUUGCUCUACAUGAUGUCAUUACUGUAUCUGUGAGUUGUAUUUCAGCUAUUAGUACAGUAGAAAACUGACAUUUGAACUACAAUUCCAAGAAUUCAUGGUUGUACCUUUAAAGCACUAUUUAUGGUACAAGCUCGGCAUUACUACAGCAAGUUAAACGGCAUUGUUACUUUUAGGGUCUUUGCAAAGCACAUGACAUGUUGAGUUGCAUGAUUUCGCUCAUGGGAAGAGGAGAUAAGGAGAUAUAUUUAAGUGAAUAUUUUAUUCCAAGGCGCUCCCAUCUUCCAGGACAGGUCUAUCUUUAGGUCCUUUUGGCUUCAUAUGCCAGGACCCGAGUCACUGUGCAGUGAAAAUGUGAGCCCAUAGGGAGAAACAAUGAUAAGAGAAUCAGAAAUACAUGGGCUCUGUAAACGGAAUUGUCUAGACCUAUUAUAAAACAGCCAUGUUGGCCUGAAUUUUGGUUUUCUCCCAAGACUCUACUGAUGAUUUAUGAGUUGGGAGCUGAGCUACUGCCCUCGACAUCUCAUACACCAACACUGGGAAUCCGAUUCCUCACAGUUUUAUAGCAUACAUUUAAAGGUAAAAAAAUGAAAUAUAUGUACUAGGAUGCUCAAAUAUAGCUCCUCUUGUCAAUUCACAGAUCUGUAGGACAGGCCUUGUAUAUAAAUCCAGGGAUAGAGAGGUGAAACCCUAGAUAGCAUUGAUGAGCCACCCAGAUUUGCAAAUGUUGGUCUCAUCAUUUAAAUGAGAGGAGGAAAGCAAAAACAAUUUAGUGGGCAGAUAACAGGGAAACUCUAUGCUGUGAUGGGUAGGGUUACAUUAAAGCAGAAUAUUAAUAAGAAUCACGUUAUCAUUUGGAUAAAGUUUAAGAAAAUAAACUAAUGCUGUUCAAAUAUCAUUCAAUUAAGGCCUACCUGGUUGGACUCAAACUACCCAGCCAACUAUACCAACAAGAUGGCGCUCAGAAGCAAAAUAAACUGAAGGCUUUUUCCUGCAGUGCCCCUAGAGUCAGACAUGCAUUGUACUUUUAUUUGAGAAUUGCACCCUCAGUAUUUUCUCAGUAAUUGUAUUCCAGGAUUUGCUGAUCGUCAGGGUACAGCAAUUGCAAUGAUGUUAUAUAGCUUUUAAAAAUAAUGUUGAAGGUUUAAAUAUUUAAACACCAUGUCAUAAAUAUAUUGUUUAUUAUAGUAAACAUAUAUUUUCUUUCUUCAUUUUUUUUGGGGAAAACAAGGCUUUGGACAAAAAACUAUUUUAUCCCAUCAAUUUUUCAGCCUUCCCAUCUCUACACUAAACUGGAUUUAAUAAAAACAGAUUGAAAUUAACAUAAUCUGACCUGGAACCUCCUCUGCCUCUCCGCUGUGCUGAUUAAUGGUCAUGGCUGCACAGGUAUACAAUAAUCACCACCAAACUGCAUUACUCGCAACAUUUCAAAUGUAUAAAAAAAGAGAGACAAUUUAAGGGGUGUGAGUGUGACCAGGGGUGGGCUAUUCUGAGAAAUUUUAGGGAACCUACUUGCUUUAGACAAUUAAAAUGCAAUUUAGAGGAAAAACAAUGUAUCUUAUUUACACAGAUUGAUUUAUGAUCUCAUUUAUUGUAAUUUAAUGACACAUUACUGUGAGUAUAUUGCUGUGGAGCUCUGUUAUACAUUCAGACACCAACAGUAUGGAUCUCCUAGAAAAGAGGGAUAUCAGGAUAGAGAAGAGAAAUAUAGGGAUUUGGGCCCAAAAUAGGGACUGUCCCAACUAAAAGGGUACACUUGGGAGGCAUGCAACUUCCUCACCUACUCAGCACACUAGGCCAGUGGCAGAUAAACAGUUGUUGGACAGACAGAAUUUGUGUAUGCAGCAUGGACACAUACAAUGCACAAGCGCCUAACUCCCUUCUUCAGCUCUCUAAGAGAAUGCUUGAACAGCACAAAACUGGGAAUGGGAGUGUAUCUAUUUUAGUCCAUUUUAAUUUUCUUUUAAUGUGUGUUUUUGUUGCACAUGUUAUUUAAUGCAUUAACAACUUAUUUCAUAAAAAAAAAAUGGGGUCACUUCCUGCAUGGUAUGUUCCUAUAAUAAGAUACGAUUAGGAAUUACCAUUCAUUACAAACAAAAAUCAAGUACAAACCUGGCCAGCUUAUCUCUUACGUCAACCUGGUGUCGACCUCAGGUGUUAUAUGAAUAAUGCCAACGUGUCAUUACUCCUGGGCAGUGAGGGAAUGCAGACUGCUUUCACUAUAUAGCUUACCAGUAGCUACAAUUAUUUUUAAACUCACAUUCCCCCUCUUUUCUCCUUCCAGGCUGGUGUACAUAACUCUGUCCUUAAAUAUAAACCCUCGUAACAUUUCUGUAAUACACUAUUUACCUUUCAUCACUGCCUUAAAGAAAACCUGUCACUUGUAAAAAAAAAAAAACCCCCAAAAAACCUCUUGUCUACAAAUAGAGCAUAACAUCUGUCUAUACGUUGUCAGAAAACAUUUCAAAACUGUUUUAAGAACAUUUUUUUCUUUUUGACUUCCAGCAUCAGUUUUAGAACCUGUAAUAUUACACACCUGGCUUUUCUUUUUCUGAAUGGCUGUUGAAUUUUAAUCUGGGAUUUGAGAAGCGUGAGGGUAAAUGCACAAGAUGACUAUAAAAUCACGAGAGAAUAAUUGGGGUCACAAAGACAUAGAAAAACCACAAGGCACUGGAUCACUAGGUAUUGGGGGUCAAACAGAGGAUAACAGAUAGGGAGAUUCAGCCCAAAUAAAGGACAGAAGAGGCCACAAGUUUGGUGUGGCAAAAAGUAAAGGGCAUUUCACACAACUGAAUGAGCAUGUCUGCACACUUCCAAUACUAGCCCUCCUAUUGUCCAUAAACAAUAUGGUCUCGAUGAAUCCUAUGACAACCUGAUUAACUCUGUAUAUGUAACGGGAAUAUACCCCAACACGCAGGAUUCAGCUAAACAGAAGACAACACAGAGGAGAGAUACGUCUACCGGACCUUAGAAUGGCCGGACUCGACGUAUAUGAGAGGAGACAGAGUCAGGAACGAUCCGAAGUCAAGGGCACAGAGAGACAGCGUAAACUAGGACCAGCCGGGGUCUGGUACACAGUAAACAGCAAGCCGGCAACCAGAACAGAUAAGGAUAAAGAGAAAACAUAGUCAGAAACAAAGCCAAAGUCAAUACGAAGAAACACAAAUGAACACAACAAGCGCUAAAGGGAACUGAAACAGAAACCACGAUAGGGCAGGGAGUAAAGGGAGAGGUAAGUUAAAAUAGCUUCUAAACUAAUGUGAUUGGCUCCUGUCAUAUCCACACCCCAAAAAGGUAAGUGUAUGGGGAGUGUGGCAUGACAGGGGCCAAUGGGAGCCUUUUGACAAUUUAGGCUCCCACUGUCUCUUUAAGAGCGCGCCCGAGACUCGUGGCGCACUCUUAGAUUCAGGCGGGACACGUGAUCGCUUCUCGCAGUCACUGCCCGCCUUCCUAUUGAAGCCUGGCUGGAAAACGAGAAUGGUAAGAACGCACAAGGCAGGGAGCGUAAACAGCAUCAGCUGAAAUCCAACUGCGCUCCUCAGGCCCGUAACCCUUCCAAUGCACCAAGUACUGAAGUCGACCCCUAAGGUAACGAGAGUCAAGAACAGCAGAAACUUCGAAUUCCUCAUGACCCUCCACGGAGACAGGAGGGGGAGGCGGAGAAUGCCGGGUAUAGCGGUUGCGUACGUAAGGCUUCAACAACGAUGUGUGAAAGACAUUAGGAAUACGCAGAUUCCUAGGAAGACCCAGGGCAUAUGAAACAGGAUUAACCUUAUGCAGAAUACGAUAAGGACCUAUGAAGCGGGGAGCCAAUUUCAUAGAAGGCACCCGUAGGCUAUUAUUCCGCGUGGAAAGCAAAACCCUGUCCCCCACAACAUAAGAAGGAGCCGCUCUGCGAUGCUUGUCAGCCUGAGCCUUCUGGCGAGCAGCGGAAUCCACCAAAGAACGCUGAACUUGCUCCCAAGUAUUACGCAAACCAGCCAAAUGCUCAUCCAGAACUGGCAUGCCCUGUGAGGAGAAUGCAGCCGGAAGAACAACGGGAUGCUGGCCAUAGACAACGUAAAAAGGGCUUUUUCCAGAAGAAUCAUGAGUGGCGUUAUUCCGAGCAAACUCAGCCCAAGGAAGCAGGUCAGACCAAUUGUCCUGAUGGUGAGACACAAAACAACGAAGGUACUGCUCCAGAGAUUGGUUGGCACGUUCAGCAGCUCCAUUAGACUGGGGAUGGUAAGCGGGAGAAAAUGAGAGAGAAAUACCCAUUUCUGAACAAAAGGCUUUCCAGAACCUGGAAAUAAAUUGGCUAACCCUAUCGGACACAAUAGAUACGGGAAUACCAUGUAACCAAAAUACUUCUCUAGCGAAGAUAAGAGCCAGUUCCUUGGAUGUGGGCAACUUGCGAAGAGACACAAAGUGAGCCAUCUUGGAAAACCGAUCUACUAUCAUCAGGAUGACUGUGUUACCAUUCGAAGGGGGUAAUUCAACAAUAAAAUCCAUGGAUAGGUUAGAUCAAGGUCUCUCGGGAACGGGUAAGGGAUGCAGAAGCCCACAAGGAACUCUACGUGACGUUUUCAUACAUGCACAAGUAGUACAAGCACUUAUAUAGUCAGUGACAUCCUUGCGUAAGGAACCCCACCAAAAAUAUCGAGAAACUGCUGACAUCGUUUUGGUAAUACCAGGAUGUCCAGUCUUAGUAUCAUGAUAUAAUGACAGAAUCUCCCGUCUCUCGGGAACAUCAACAAACAAUUUAUCAAUAGGCCUCUCGCUAGGUGCCAUACCUUGUUUCGCCUGUAUAGUUUGAAAAGGGGAUGAAGAAAUAGACAACAUAGUAGUAGCUAUUAUCCUGUCUGGGGGAAUGACAGGAGUAACAUCAACCUCCUGUUUGUCAGUAGUUUCGAACUGUCUGGACAGAGCGUGUGCUUUAAUGUUGCGAUCACCUGGCCUAUAGGUGAUAAUAUAAUUGAAACGGGACAAAAAUAGUGACCACCUAGCCUGCCUAGAAGAUAAUCUUUUAGCUUCACCAAGGUAGGAUAGAUUCUUGUGAUCCAUAAAAAUGAGGAUAGGAUCCUUAGUUCCUUCUAACAAGUGUCUCCAUUCUUUAAGAGCUAAGAUAAUAGCAAGGAGUUCAUGAUUACCCACAUCAUAAUUCCUUUCAGCUUUGGACAUUUGUCUAGAAAAGAAGCCACAAGGAUGCAAUGGCUUUUCAGGCGAUUCUCUUUGGGACAAAACAGCACCUACCCCGAUAUCAGAAGCAUCAACUUCAAGAAUAUAAGACAGUGAGGGAAUAGGGUGCUGUAAAAUAGGUGCAGAGGCGAAUGUAGUUUUAAGAAAUUCGAAAGCCUGAAGUGCCUCGGGAGACCAGACACGAGUAUUACCACCCUUUUUUGUCAUACGAGUGAUAGGCGCUACAAUAGAAGAAAAACCCUUAAUAAAGCGUCUAUAAUAGUUAGAGAAACCAAGAAAACGCUGAAUUGCUUUCAAACCCUGUGGUAGGGGCCACUCUAUGACAGCAGAAAGCUUCUGGGGAUCCAUACGAAACCCUUUGGCGGAAAUCAAAUACCCCAAGAACUGGACUUCGGAUUGGUCAAAUAAACAUUUUUCUAGUUUACAAUAAAGACCAUUAGCAAGAAGGAUCUUCAGGACCGUUGUGACAUGUCUGUGAUGGUUGUGUAAAUCUGUAGAAUAUAUCAGUAUGUCGUCCAAGUAUACAAUUACAAAUGUGUGAAUAAAGUAUCUUAGGACGUCAUUAAUAAAUUCCUGAAAUACUGCUGGGGCAUUGCAAAGACCAAAUGGCAUAACAGUAUACUCGUAAUGACCGGAUCUAGUGUUGAAUGCAGUCUUCCAUUCGUGACCUUCCUUUAUACGUAUUAAAUUGUAUGCACCUCUAAGGUCCAAUUUGGUGAACACAGUAGCAUGUUUCAGCCUGUCAAAUAAUUCUGUAAUUAAAAGUAUAGGGUAUGCAUUUUUGAUAGUGAUUUUAUUUGGACCUCUAUAAUCGAUGCACAGUCUUAAAUCACCCUCUUUCUUAGAUACGAAGAAAAACCCUGCUCCAGCCGGAGAAGAGGAUCUCCUAAUGAACCCCUUUUCUAGCGAUUCUUUAACAUACUCCUCCAUGAUACGGUUUUCUUGAAUAGAUAAAGGGUACACCCUGCCCUUUGGAGGUAUAGUGCCAGGCAAUAAAUCGAUAGCACAAUCAUAGGGUCUGUGAGGCGGUAAUUUAUCAGCUUCCCUUUUAUCGAAUACAGUUUUGAGAAACAAGUAUUGAGGAGGUAUAACAGUAGACAAAGGAGGAGUAGUAGGAACAUUAAUGGUAUUUAAAGGGGUGACUUUAAUCAUACAAGAGUCGUGGCAGGUUUUGCCCCAUGAUUUUAAUUGUCCCAAUUCCCAGUCGAAAAUGGGAUUGUGAGAACAUAACCAUGGGUACCCUAACACGAUAUGAGAAGAGGGAGAUGUGAUAACCUGAAACCGAAUAGUCUCAAAGUGUAAAACCCCUGUGUACAUGAAUAAUGGUACAGUUUCAUGGGUAACGACUGGAGUACUUAAAGGUCUACCAUCUAUGGCCUCAAUGGCCAAGGGUAUCUCCCUCUCUCUGAUGGGAAUGUUAUUUUUCGUAACAAACCCAGAGUCAAUGAAGUUCUCAGCAGCCCCGGAAUCAACCAAGGCUAGUAUGCUUUCAGCUAUACAACUCUCUCCCGUAUGAAGGGAAACAGGGAGAAUCAAACGGUUAGGAGGCAAUUUAGGAGACUUAGAUAUCACACCCAAGGCCAGUCCCCUAUAAGGUCGUAGGUGCGAGAGUUUUCUGGAAGCAAAGGACAUUCUUUUACCAUAUGGUCUCGCCCACCACAGUAUAGUCCCUUCUUCUAAGUAAUUUUUCAGUAUCCGAGAGUUUGGCAACCCCUAAUUGCAUGGGUUCCUCCUCGGAUAUUUUAACACUCUCAGGUUUAUCAACUCUGGGGUUAGUAGGUGUGACCAAACGUCUAUUCCUGUUCUUAGUAUAGAGCCUGUCACGAAUCCUAUUAUCUAUAUCAAUGAGGUAGUCAAUAAGGUCCUCUAAUUGAAUAGGAAGCUCCCUUGCCGCUACCUCAUCUAAUAUAGUGUCAGAUAAACCUUCCAUGAACGCAGUAGUUAACCCAUUAUUGGUCCAAUCUACCUGUGAGGCAAGGGUACGAAACUGAAUAGCAUAAUCAGCCACAGACCUAAAACCCUGUUUAAUUCUCAUUAAUGCUCUUGCGGCAUUCUUUGACCUUUUUGUUGUGUCAAAAGUUCUACGAAAAGCCGUAAGAAAGCUAUUGAAAUUAUGCACCAUAGGUCCAUUGGCCUCCCAAAUAGGAUUUACCCACUCAAGUGUUUGUCAGUAAGUUGAUGCAUCAAAAACCCCACUUUAGACCUAUCAGUGGGAAAGGAACGUGGAUACAUCUCAAGGUGGAAUUCUAUUUGAUUAAUAAAACCUCUGCAUGUCUUAGCUUCCCCUCCAUACCUAGGAGGGGGUGUUAAAUGGGGCGAAGCAUUAGGUGAAUUGGAUACUUCGGGAAGAAGAGGUGUAGGAGGGUUAGGUGCGGUUGCAGGAAUAGUUCUAGACAAGAGCGUCUGGAGAGCCUGUCCUAUCUGAUCCAUACGGUGAUCCUGCUCUACAAACCUUGCCUCAUGAGAAGCCAUUUGCUGAGCCAAAUCUGCGGGGUCCAUGGCCCUAUCGUAAUGUAACGAAAAUAUACCCCAACACGCAGGAUUCAGCUAAACAGAAGACAACACAGAGGAGAGAUACGUCUACUGGACCUUAGAAUGGCCCGACUCGACGUAUAUGAGAGGAGACAGAGUUAGGAACGAUCCGAAGUCAAGGGCACAGAGAGACAGCGUAAACUAGGACUAGCCGGGGUCUGGUACACAGUAAACAGCAAGCCGGCAACCAGAACAGAUAAGGAUAAAGAGAAAACGUAGUCAGAAACAAAGCCAAAGUCAAGUACGAAGGAACACAACUGAACACAACAAGCGCUAAAGGGAACUGAAACAGAAACCACGAUAGGGCAGUUAGUAAAGGGAGAGGUAAGUUUAAAUAGCUUCUAAACUAAUGUGAUUGGCUCCUGUCAUAUCCACCCCCCCAAAAGGUAAGUGUAUGGGGAGUGUGGCAUGACAGGGGCCAAUGGGAGCCUUUUGACAAUUUAGGCUCCCACUGUCUCUUUAAGAGCGCGCCCGAGACUCGCGGCGCGCUCUUAGAUUCAGGCGGGACACGUGAUCGCUUCUCGCAGUCACUGCCUGCCUUCCUAUUGAGGCCGUCGGAUGAGCCGCGCGCGGCUCGAAGAGAGGACCGCGGCCGGCCCCUGGAUAAGGUAAGUAACGCUACAGUAUACUUUUGCACAUCAAGUAUUGAACUCAAAGGACACCAUGUUUGCUUGGCAAUCUGGUCACCUUCUAUAUACGAGACUAUCUUUAUGAGAAAUGUGUAAUCUGAGAAGGGCUAUGGAUUAUGUCUAGUUUGGCCAAUAACUACAUACAAUAAGUACUUGAGAAGCUAUUAUCAAGAACUUGGAUCAUGGUUGGCCCAAGCUGUUUGGAUGGUGAUGAACCACUCAGUAAGACAUACUCAAAGUGUUUCUACUCCACAUCUUUCAGAAGGCCAUAUCACCCCUACCCAACCAUUGGUGAUGCAACAUCCUGCAGAGACUUUAUAAACUACUGGUCUAUACACUUUGAAAUGAUGCCAACUUGCUUCUCUCUGAGUACUAUAAACAUGUUUCAGAGACAGAGCCCUGGCCUGUGCUCCACCUUUGUAUGAUUGCAUUUCUCUUCUAAUGAAUUACUGUUAUAGGCCAACAUUGGUUCUCUGGCAUAUAUUUGGGUGCAUUGUGACUAUAGCUUCUCAAUGAAUGAACUAAUGAAAAUGUUCUGUGACAUGGUGACCAAGGUUAAUUGGAACAAUUAUACUUUCGUUGCUGCCUUUUAUAACAGUCUGUCAAAGAGGCUCAAAGAUGAGCUGAGAGCAAGAGACUUCCCCACCGAUCUAGAGACAUGUAUUGACCAUGUGGGCCAUAUUGAGCUUUUGGUUACAUAAGAGAAGUGCACAAAGAGAGAAUCACUAGGAACCUAUGAUGUGUUUGACUCCCCAAUACUAAAGGAAUCCUCAGCAAGGUCCAAGCUGCCACCUAACCAAAAGCUAAGGAUAAGGCAAAUGCAAAGCCAAUGAAUAGUCAUGGACUGGUACACCGGUACUACUGAAACAAGGGACAAGACAAAGUCAGGGUCAAAUCAAGAUGGGUCUGGUACACAGCAACAAGACCAGUAGAAAGGUAUAGGCAAAAUCAAGGUCCGAAACCAGCAAGGGUUUCACUGUUUCACUGGAAAUACGGUAGCUAACGGGAGCCAAAUAAUGCACUGAAGGGCCAGGAAAUGACAAAAUGGCACUGGUCUAAAGUUUCUACAUUUUAAAUAGCCCUGAGCCCUUUGUGUGAAUUUAGUGCCAUUGAUGCAUUUGCAUGCGUCACACAUAACCUCAAGAUAGAAAACUGUAAAAAGGCGCAAAGGUCAUAGUUUGUGUCAUUUAAAUCUAAUAACUGUGAGUUAUGUGUGUUGCUGGCUAUAUGUGGGUAGCUGUGGGUGGCUUUGUGUUGCUAGGGAGGGUUAUGUUCCUGAUGACCCGGUGGAGGCUGUGAUAUGGUCCAGUUGGCUGAGCCUCCAGUCUGCACCUCUAGCGGGUGCAGGUCACUGUAAAAGUUCUUUCCGUUCUGGCACCAGGAGGAGCACACACAGCCAAGGUUGAGGUCAUCAGCUCCCUUGGCCAUGGCCAGGGCUGUCAGGGAGACAAGUUUCAGUGGCAUUCAGAUGUGCCAUGCCUGGGUACACCUAGCACCCACCUGUAAUCCCAUGCUUUGCUGGGAAUUAUGAGGAGCUCCGGUAUAAUCCCCUCUUCAGUCCCUCCCUAGAGAGAUUGGCAAUUGUAUUUUUAUGACUUUAUUAUCAUAUCCCACGUAGAGUCUCCACUAACUUCAGAAUAAACUAGAGGCCAUGUUAUUGUUAAGACACAGAAUAAAUGGACACCGAUUGUAAGUAAAUUCCAGCAGAAUCAACAUAAAUAUAGGAACUAAGGAGGUUAAGUGUAUUCUUAAGAGCUAAAAAAAUAAUGUGGGGACAAAAUCGAAUAUGCGAAGCAAUCAUUGUGUUUCAGUAGCAUUCAGAACCAAUUUAAUUACCCUGCUGAUUUGUCCAUUUUUAGAAUUCUGAAAAACAAAACAAUUACAGUGAUUAAUUUACAGUGACUUUUUAAAUUCAACUGAUCCUAUAUCAUUUUCUUUGCUGCAUUACUCACAGGCCUAAACCAGCGUGCUUUUCUGGUAAGUGAUCUCAUUCUUGUAGCGUGGUGACUUUGUAGGCUGGAGUCACCCAUCCUUUAUGAACGCAUUAAGGAGAUAAUGAAAAA